UAGCCCCAACCGCCAACGGCCUCUCUCUCUCUCUCUCUCUUUCAAAUUGGAACCGUUUUGCGUUAACUUUACGCUCAUUGACACUUCUAAAAUCUGCCGCAUUGCAUCUGUUUCUAUGUAUCUAUCUUAUCACCUUACUUCUUAGUCUUACGCCAUGUCGAAAGGAACUAUGGGGAUAGCUGCUGAGAACGAAAAUGUUCAAUUUCUGGAGAAUGAGAACCGUAAAGAAUACACCUCCAGAACUGCACCCACUCGAGCCAAGCGAGUCGAGGCUUCCAAACCUCUUUCAGUACCGGAAUACUUCCAGGAUAAGCGCAAUUUGGAAGACUUGUGGAAGGAGGUAUUCCCCGUGGGAACAGAGUGGGAUCUACUAGAUUCUGUUUAUCAGUACAAUUGGAAUUUCUCAAAUCUUGAGGAGGCAUUUGAAGCAGGUGGAAAACUGUACGGGGAGAAAGUCUAUCUAUUUGGGUCUACAGAACCACAAUUUGUUCCCUUCAGGGGAGAAUACAAAGUUAUCUACAUUCCUGUGGUUGUGGCUGUUGUCUCACCUUUCCCACCUUCUGAUAAAAUUGGGAUCAACUCUGUUCAACGGGAGGUUGAAGAGAUCAUACCCAUGAAACUGAUGAAAAUGGAUUGGGUGCCCUACAUUCCCCUUGAGGACAGGAAUAGCCAAGUUGAUAAGCUGAAAUUUCAAAUAUUUAUAUUAAGUUGCACUCAACGAAGGGCUGCUCUGAACCGUUUGAAGAUAGUUCGUAUAAAGAAAUACGAAUAUUGUUUGCCUCAUUUCUGCAAUCCCCUUAAGAAACCAGAGCAAAGCACCGAGGUUCAAAUAAUAUUUCCAGCAGAACCCAAGCCAAUUUUCUGUGAAUUUGAUUGGAAGGAACAUAAACUUCAGGAGUUAACAGAUGAUCUGAUUGAGGAGGAAGAAUUGUCUGUAGAUCAGAAGGAUGCCUUCAAGGAGUUUGUGAAGGAGAAAGUUAGGGAGGCAAUGAAAGCUAAUCGAGAGGAAGAGGAAGCUCGUGUAAAGGCGUGCCUAGAAAUGAGUGAGGAAAGAAAAGCAGCAUUUGAGAAAAUGAGGUUCUAUAAGUUCUACCCAGUUCAAACACAAGACAGCCCUAAUGUUUCCCAAGUUAAGACUAGAUAUAUAAACAGGUAUUAUGGAAAGGCUGAUGAGGUUUUUUGAUUUGCGGAUCAGAAGGAAGGAAAGAAGUUUCGUAGGUUUGCUUGAUGGUCAUCCAACCAACAGUUCAAAUAUUCAAGUAGUACAUAGUUCUCAUUAAGAAAGUCUAGGAGGGAACUCAUGUGCCCACCCAUCUCAUUAUAACUCCAUCGUAGGAUCUUAUUGCUGGUUUACACUGUAAAGCCCUUCCAACGAUCAACCUCUUCAAUUAUUUAUUUAUUUAUUUAUUUUUAAGAGUCAGCCUUUCAAUUCUUGUGAUAUAACACUGGAAUAAUCAAUAAUUGAUGUUUGCAACAGAUUGGUGAAGUUUCUGUAGUUCUUUAAUGUUAUAUCUAUGCUUUUCUUGAUA